AAACCGAUUACUUUAUUUUUUAAAGUCAUUUUUAUGACUCUCAACGCUUAACUUAUAUAUUUUAAUCUUUAAUUUUUAAUUUUUUUAAAAAAAUAAGAAAUUUAUUAAAUUAUUUAACAAAACCGCGAUAGAAUGUAUUUAACUAUAUUGUGUACUUUGGUUUUAAUGAAAGUUGCUACAGCAAAAAUUCCGAACGCAAAAGAAAUCGAAAUUAUACUUAAAACUCACAAUGACUUCAGAGCUAGUGUUAAUCCCCCGUCAAGCGCCAUGUUUAAAUUGACGUGGAAUCGUGAAGGAGCUUUGAAGGCUGAAGCAAUGACUCAAAAAUGUAUUUUCGGUCAUGACUCCAGUAAAGAUAGAGCAACCUCUAAAUAUCCAUCAGGAGGCCAAAACUUAUUCGCUACAACGGGAACUUCCAAUUGGAAGGAUGUCGUUAAAACGUGGCAUGAUGAAGUCACCAGCUUUACUUUCGGGGUAGAGCGAGGGAAUUUUAAAUCAGUUGGUCAUUAUACUCAAGUUGUGUGGGGUACUACAAAAGAAAUUGGAUGCGGAAUGACGGAAUGUUCUGGGGAAAAAAUAUAUGCAUGCAAUUAUUAUCCGAGCGGCAAUUCACCUCCAUAUUAUGUACCUUAUGAAAAAUCAGCUGUUCAAUCAUGCAAGGGUUGCAUAAAAGGUGGUGUUUGUGCAAAGAAUGUAUACGCUGGGAAAUUACUAGAAUCAUGCGAGCUAUUUUGUGUAAACCAAUUUAGCAACUGCAAUGAUUUAGCAAAGCAAGGUGCUUGUUCAAGUUUCAGAGACAAAUGCGCUCAAUCCUGUAGGCCCGAAUGCAAGUCCAAAAGAUAAAGAACUAAUUAAAAACUAUUUUUUAUAAUACAAAAAAAAAUAUUUGUUUCUUUACAAGAAAUAAUCAUUUAUGCAUAAAAAUCAAAGGAGAAUAAAAUGUUAUAAUAUAUAUACUUAUUUAUUUAUUUAUAAUUCACCUUGCUUGUUUUUGGAUAUAUACUGGGGUAUCAAAAUAAAAUA